AUGAAGAUGUGCACCAAUCACAUGGUGGACAAGCUUGAGAGAGAAGCUGACUUUGAAAACAAACUAUUCAAUGAUCCUGUGGAGUUAUUGAUGCAGAUCAAGAAAUUUAUGACAACUACUGUUGAUACAGAUUGGGAAUAUUUUGGUCUGUGGAAGACCAUGAGCAAUCUGAUUAAUUGCCAUCAAAAGGAGAAGGAAAACAUUGCAAGUUUUUGUAAACAAUUUGAAGAAAGGGUGAAGGCAUUGCAAGCUUUGCUCGGUGAUGAUUUUUUGGACAAAUUUACUGAGAAGAGUCAGGAAUAUGAUUUAUUGGGAAGCAAUUCUGAACGAUUGCAACAUAAAAAGGAAUCAUGGGAAAGAUUCAUGGCCAACGGAUUUCUGUAUAAUUCCGAUAGAGCCAACUAUCAAUCAAGAAUUGAUGGAAUGACAGCGCAGUACACGUUGAAACAUCUGGAUUUCAAACAACGUUGUACAUUUCCAACUACUUUGGAAAAUGCUGCUGAUGUUUUGAAUCAACACAAGCACGAUAACAGGAAGAAGAAUUCGAAUGGAGGAAAUUCGAAUGGACAAGGCAAACAAAACAAGUCAAACAACAAUCAAAAUGACGGAGCUCAGUUUACUCAACAACAAACUCGAGCGUGUUUUGUGUGCGGAUCAAAAGAUCAUGUCGCACCUCAAUGUGCGGACAAAUUGAAGCCGCGGGAACAGUGGAAAAACCCGGACAAAUAUAGGGAUUAUUCGGAGAAUGGUCGUGGUAAUCGACAAAAUAUGCAACGUGAUGAAAAUGCAACGCGUGAUGAUAAUGAAUCGGGUGAUUCAAAUACUCAAUGGAACUAUGGACGUUCCAACAAUGGAUCCCAUGGAGGACAAUUUAUUCAACAAGGACAUACUGACAAUCAUCCAAGACAACAAGGGAUGAUGUUAUUUCAACACAACAAUACUGGUAUCCACUUGGAUAGUGGAUCUACUUUUCAUUUGCAAACCAAUGAAGAUGACUUUAAAGAAGGAAGUCUACAAGGAAUUCAUGGAGGAUUCCAUUAUGCCUCUAAUGUUGAGGGAAGAGAACUUUAUCAAGAAGGAAUUGAUAAGGUAUUCGAUUCUGUUUGUAAGCUUGACACACGAGCUAGUGACAACGUCAACAGCUUGUCAAAUAUGGUACAAGAUGGAUUUGAUGUAUUUAUGGACACAAAGAAAGAGAACAGCUUCUUUGUGACCAGAAACGGGACUACAUGGCAAUUUGGACAUUGCAAUGGAUUAUAUACUUUGGUUGACAAACCUGCUAUGGCAACAACAAUGUUUCAUGACCAUGCACAUGGACUUGAUAAUAAUGAUAUGCAAGGGUACUGUGCUCUACAGAGUGUGGAGAAGAACAAAGAGGGUUUCACAAACAAACAAGUGAAACGAGCAAAUGUUGCACAAAGUGGCUAUCAUAUGAUGGGAGCACCUGGUGCAGAACUAUUCAAGUUGGCAAUUUGGGUUCAAAAAUUGUCCAAUUACUGA